CUCGCUCACUCGCUCGCUCACUUGUUCACCAGUUCACAGACUAAACUGAAACCAAGUGGAUUCAAUGAUGAUCGAUCAAAGCGGCUUCGAAAUGGUGGAUACAAACGGGACGACUACGACGACGACCUCAUCCUCGUCGGAGGUUUACCCCACGUGCGACACAACCACCAGCCAGACGACACCGUUCUCUGUGAAGGACAUCCUGCUAAACAUCGGCGCCACGGAGGGCAUUUACGAUUUCAAGCAGGAACCUUCGUACGACUACCAGGAGCUCUACCAGCAUCCCACCAUCAACCAGGUAUGGCCUGAUCAAGGAUGCUACACUGGAGGCGGAGGAGGUGGUGGUGGUGGUGGCUACGACUACUACGGGAAUUACUAUGGCAACCAGAAGACGGAUGCUGACUUUAGGGGCGGCGGUGGAUGCGACAGUGCGACCGUCGCUUUCAGCCAACCUCCCCACCAUCUUCACAACCAUCAUCACCAUCAACAACAACAACAACAAAUGACAACAAACAACUUUUGUAUCGGAUAUCCGGAAGUCACCAAUAAGGAUGACAACAGUGUCCCAGUUUAUGCCAAAAUAGACAGUCCAAGGCAACAGCUGGUGACGAGUUCGAGGACGGAAUUGAGGAAGUCGUCAUCGAAAAGACAAAGGGCCAAGAGGAAACCGAGGGUGCUGUUCACGCAGGCACAGGUUUACGAGCUCGAGUGUCGGUUCAAGUUACAAAAGUAUCUGUCGGCGCCGGAACGGGAGCAAAUGGCCAAAGGGCUCAAGCUGACCUCCACGCAGGUCAAAAUCUGGUUCCAGAACAGACGAUACAAGAGCAAACGCCAGAAGCUCGAAAGCGGCGGAGGAGGAACCACAACAGCAACCGCCGCCCCCAAGAAACCGGCACCACCGUCGCCAACGCAAACCAUGUCCGUGUGCUACGUGGCGCCACCGCCAGCACCUACCGCAACCGCACCCCCGCAGUACACCCAGAACUGUUACCAGAGUUACCAUCAUCACCAAGGCAACGGUGGCUUCGAAUAUCACCAGGACAACGGCGUGCGCUACAGCGAGUUCAGUUUUUGAUUAGUUCGCAAUCAAAACUCACGCAAACACCAGCAACCCU